CCGGUAAUUGCUAAGGUGUCCGGUAAUUGCUAAUUGCUAAUUGCUAAGAGCGCGCGGGGUUGGGGAGGCGGGUUCGUUUCACUUCGGCUUUCGAUAAAUAGAGUGACCUGAGUCAAUACAAUGCUGCAUGUGCAUGUAGCUGUGCUCAAGGAGCCUAGGGGCUUCAUUAAGAUUCUGCAGUUUGUGCUGGCCAUUCUGGCCUUCUCCACCACAGUUGGGUUCAGCACGUAUUUCACCUUCCAUGCCACAGUGGCCGGCUGUAAUAGUGGCUCCCAGAACGUCGUCAGGAAGGAUGUGUCCUACCCAUUCGCUCUGGACAGCCAAGUGGUGCGGCAGCAGCUGUGCGCCGACCCGCCACGCACCGAGCGGUUCCACUUCGCCACCGACGUCUCCUCGCACGCCAAGUUCUUCGUCGCCGUCGGUGUCAUCUGCAUGCUGCACGCGGUCCUCGCGCUGGCCGGCUACGUCCUGUUCAGUGACCACUACGUCAACCAACGCAUUAUUCCUACCGUCGAUUUUGUGACACACGCGUUGCUGGCGGCCAUGUGGCUGGUGGCCGCCUCGGCCUGGGCGUCCGGAUUGGGCGCGCUGAAGAGCGGCGCCGACCCGGGACAGCAGCUGAACCAGCUCUGCGACCAGCUACACAACGUCGAUUGCCGCGUUGCCGGUGACGACCACCGCGGUACAUUCGGCAAACUCAAUGCUUCGCUGUGCUUCGGUUUCCUGAACGUCUUCGUGUGGGCGGGCAACCUGUGGUUCCUGUUCAAGGAGACGGUCUGGUACAAGCCGCGCACGUCGCCGUCUGCCUCCGCCACCACAACCGCCGCCGCCCCCGCCUAACGGGUCGGCGUCGCCGAGCCGUCCGUCCGGUCCGGCUCGCUGCCUGGGGGGCUCCGCGCCUGCAGCGAGUCGCGGCGUGUCGGAGCUGUCAUGGGCGGCGCCGUCGGCGGAUGCUUGCUUCGGCCGAUGUCUGAUUGCGGGUCAUCUAUUGUAGGAUCGUGACGCCGAUUGUGGCAGCUGUGUACGCCAGGUGCCAACAGCUGGCGACUGGUUUGCGGUCGUCCAGUGCGCGGAACGACGGCGGACGCGUCACCUGUGCGCUAAUCAUGACAAGUUGUUAAAUGUGAGAUUGUGUGGUGUGAGACUGGCCUCGGUGACGGAUGGCGGGCAGCUGCAGUGCCCGAGCUCCACGGCGGACGCCGUCAUCCCCCCCCCCCCCCGACCUAAACCCAGCGCCAGUUUGGCACCUCUCCAAGUUGUCAUUAAAGGUGCGCCGUUUUUUGUCGUGCGUAACUGUAGCGGGGCCCACUGGUGACAGCUGGAAGUCGGCUGAUUUGAGGAGUGCUUACAGUUGUGGCCUACGCUUCCGUAGUGGAUUGGUUCGUGCGGUUGGACGUUGGAGCGAACGCAAAUCGUGUUUUUGUAGUCAUAACAUGGGAGCGAUGUGUGCCUUCAAAUCGCCGCCGCCAUCGAUGUAUUCUGGGUGAUUUCGCCUCGAGAACUGAACCGCUUAGCUUUGCUUCAACUCAAUGUAACCGGUCAUUCCGUGGCUUGUCCGUACAGAGCGGUGCCAUCGCUGCCUAUUGUGCUCUAUGCGGCUGCGGUGCCAAGAACGGGCCCGGGUGGCGGGGCUGCGCCUCCCAGCCUGAGCGGGGCAGCCGCUGGCGAACACCCUCCUCGAGGGCGCCGGGUUGUUGAUUCCACGCCUGCAGCCGGCCGCGCCGUCCCAGCUAGUGGUGAGACUGCUCGUGGCCAUGCUGCCGAUCCCAUGAUGUGAUUGUGUCAGCUAGCGGCGUCGUGCGGUGACGCUGUGUAUCAUUCCGAGGUGUGGCAAUACAGGGUACAUCCUG